CGUGGUCCCAUUUUAAGCGUUCAUCUCGCUUUCAUCCUUCCUGCUAUGCCAUUUGGUGAAUUGGUGUGCGGUGCGCCAGGAAGUGGUAAAUCAACCUACUGCUAUGGCAAGCACCAGCUAUUUAAUGCUUUGAAUCGCCCGAUUUCUAUCGUGAACCUCGAUCCAGCUAACGACAACAUCCCUUAUCCAUGUGCGAUUGACAUCGCUUCUUUAAUCACCCUCCAGGAUGUCAUGGACGAACACGGUCUUGGCCCCAAUGGAGGCAUGCUUUACUGUAUGGAGUAUCUAGACGCCAACUUCGAUUGGCUUGAGGCACGGCUGAAAGAGCUGGGGCCCGACGCAUAUGUGUUGUUUGAUGUACCUGGUCAGGUGGAGCUUAGCACAAACCACGAGGCAUUAAAACACAUAGUACAGCGAUUAACAAAGAUUGGGUUCAGGUUAGCUGCCGUUCAUCUCUGUGAUGCGCACUAUGUGACCGAUGCCGCGAAAUAUGUUUCCGUACUUCUCCUGUCUCUCCGAACUAUGCUACAAUUAGAACUGCCGCAUGUCAAUGUUUUGUCAAAGGUUGACCUGAUAGCUCAAUACGGAGACCUGGACUUCAAUCUCGAUUUCUACACGGAAGUUCAGGAUCUCUCCUAUUUGGAGAACGCACUGAAUGCUGCGUCACCACGAUAUACUGCUCUCAAUAUGGCAUUAUGCUCUGUAAUCGAGGACUACGGUCUUGUGGGAUUCGAAACGCUAGCGGUUGAGGAUAAAGCAUCGAUGCUACACCUAACCCGCGCUAUCGAUCGAGCGACAGGAUACGUAUUCGUGCCACCGCACGACGCCCCAGCACCAGAAGGGACACUGGAAGAUUCGUCUGUUCCUGCAUCGACGAGACCAAAUACCUUUUCACUGUUCUCAUCUGCUGCGGGCCCGAUGGCAGGUAGCAUUGGGGAUGUGCAGGAACGUUGGAUCGAUGCUCGCGAGCAGUGGGAUGCAUUUGAAAGCAAAGAGUGGAGACAGGAAGGACAGAUGAUCAGGGAAGCGAGGGAUAGGGAAAACGCGAUGCAAGCUGAAGGGAGAGGGAAGAGUGGGAUCAGAGAAAGGAAAUAGGAAACAGGAAAAGCGCGUGCACUUUUUUUUUGUGAGAUCCAUGAAUUUACCAGUUGCCAAAGUCGGGAAUUUUGACCACACCCCCGAAUCACGAUAAGACUUUUUUCCAGGUUUCAUGUGCAGAUUCCGGGGAAUACUUAUAUACUGUAUGGUCUUGAAGGAUAUUCCAUUUCGAAUCCACAUGCGACCUUCUGGAUGUUAGUUAGUUAGGACAUACUGUAGAGACUAGGUUCGUCACAGGUCACAGCCAUCAACGAAUCGAACCUAUUUGGUGUGACUGUCACACCAAUUUUUUGGGGGCCGAAGCUAAUUUGUGACAUGUGGUAAAAACAUACAGAAAAACAUAUAAAAAACAUACAAAAAACAUAUAAAAAACAACAAUGUCCAGCUAGAUUCUACCUGUUACUUCUCAACUUUAUAAUAAGAUAUGAAUCAGAC